AUGUGGGAUGCACUAUGGUCUCAGGUACGUGAAACUAAUGCUACUGUGAUGCUCGGUACUUUUUUGGUCGUGGUUUUGAGCUCUCUGUACGUUGUAGUGUUGAUUUUAUCGCACUGGCCAAGAAAACCUUUUGCCGAAGAGCUGUUAUACAGGAGCAAUGGCUUCCAAGGAGAUGAAAUAAGUGGUCAAUUGGUUUCUGUUAAGGAUUCGGAAGAAAAUGUAGAUGGAAUUGAGCUUUCUGUGGUGGUUCCAAGUUAUAAUGAGGUGGGACGUAUUCUAGUGAUGUUAACAGAUGCAAUUGAGUUUUUACAAAAAAAGCUGGAAAACAAGUGGGAGAUCUUGAUAGUCGAUGAUGGUUCCCGGGACGGAACUUCAGAAUACUGUUUGAAGCUGGCUCACAGCACUUUCAAACUUCAGCCUGGUCAAUUGAGAGUUAUCAAAUUAGGCAAAAACCGUGGGAAAGGCGGUGCCGUAAGACACGGAAUGCUUCACAUAAGAGGAAAUUUUGGGCUUUUUGCAGAUGCAGACGGUGCUAGCAAGUUCUCAGACUGCGAGAAACUGCUGGGCGCUAUCAAGAAAUCCGAUGAAAAUGGCAAAGGCGCUAUAGCCAUUGGGUCUCGAGCUCAUAUGGUGAAUACCGAUGCUGUAGUCAAACGCUCGUUUGUCAGAAACUUUCUUAUGUACGGAUUGCAUACGCUCGUGUUCGUGUUUGGUAUCCGAUCGAUUAAAGACACGCAAUGCGGGUUCAAGCUCUUCAACAGACCCGCAAUCCUCCAGAUAUUCCCUUACUUGCACACCGAGGGCUGGAUCUUCGACGUGGAGAUUUUGAUCCUAGCGCUCAAGAAACAAAUACCGAUCAAGGAGGUCGCUAUCUCUUGGCAUGAGGUUGGUGGAUCCAAAAUGGAGCUCGCCAGAGACAGCAUAAAUAUGGCGAAAGACUUGGUUACUAUUAGGUUGGCCUAUAUUAUGGGCAUCUACAGUGGUAAGUCCGAGUGUUGA